UAUCUCGGUACCUUUGUAUCCCACGGUCUCCCACCAACUCACCGAUGCGGAUUAACGGCCAUGACGUGAUAUUAACAAUCAUGGUCCGACUCGGAUCCUAGUUAGCCGGGCGGGUCCGUGAUGUCGUAGCGGAACCUCCAUGGGGUUUGCAUCGCGAUAUUUUUCGCAGGACGGCCUGCCUCUCCGAUAUCAUCUGGACUCUGAUGUCGGCCGUCGGCCUCCGCGGAAGGUAGACCAAAUAAUGAGAUGAAACUCGUGCGAAUAAUAAAUACCCUUAUCGCACUUACAAUUUCCCAUGUAGCUGGCCAGCGUGACAACUGUCGGACUAUCCGUUUAUGAAUCUAAUACCUCAACUAAUACAUCUCCUUUGAGUUAAUUUGAUAAGAUGGAUGACGAUCAACAACCAGGCUUGAGACCCGCGUUCAACGAACAGGAACCUCUUCUCAGUAACGGUGAAGGAAGACAAGAUGAUGACACAUCAGAAAACGAUGUACCCCGUCGAAUAACCUAUAGGCUUUACGUAUCCCACUUCCUCUCAACAUGGAAUUCGCGGGUAUUCGAAUUCGGAGCCGUGAUCUACUUAGCUACCAUCUAUCCAGGAACGCUACUCCCCAUGUCCAUAUAUGCUUUAGCACGCGGUCUAUCAGCUAUUCUAUUCGCUACUGCGGUCGGCCAAUAUAUCGACACGGGAAAUCGCCUCCAAGUCGUUCGUGUGUCAAUUAUCUUCCAGAGAUUGGUUGUGGCGACGUCAUGUGUCGUGUUUUACAUCAUGGCUCUUCACGAAGAACUUGAUGGCCAAGCUAAAAUGGGCAUGCUAGUGCUUCUGUCUCUCCUGGCUUGCAUUGAGAAACUUUGCUCCAUUAUGAAUUCUAUUUCUGUAGAGAAAGACUGGGUCGUUGUCGUUGCCGGGGAAAAUCAAGGGGCUCUUAGUUCCUUAAAUGCGCAAAUGAGGCGCAUUGAUCUACUCUGCAAGCUCUUAGGCCCCUUAUUCAUCGCCCUCAUCGAUGGCUUCUCGACCAAAGUGGCCAUAAUUGUCAACUUCGCGAUGAACAUUGCAUCUAUUACUAUAGAAUACUACGCCAUCGCUCGUGUCUACUAUGAAGUACCGGCGCUGCAAGAACCGAAACAUCAAAUCGAAGAUUAUGAGUCUCACCUCUCUGAAUUGUCAAACAGAGAGCGCCCAAACAUCAGGGCAAGCGUUCUAGCGAUUCUGAAACGAUCCAAAGCAGAUUUCGGAUUAUAUUUCCGUCACCAAGCAUUUUUACCUUCAUUCGCUUGUGCUCUACUCUACCUCACUGUCUUGAGCUUUUCCGGUCAAAUGGUAACUUACUUGCUUUCGACCGGCUACACCAGCUCACAGAUUGGUAUCACACGAACGAUCAGUGUCGCAUUUGAAGUACUCGCUACCUGGGUAGCCCCAUGGCUGAUUAGCCAUAUCGGACCAGUGAGGGCCGGUUUAUGGCAUAGUACUAUGCAGGUCACCAUGCUCAUUACUGGUUUGAUUAUAUUCUGGACGUUCGACGCAAGUAAUCCUAUCAUUUCCGCAAGUGGGCUUGUGGGAGGGACAAUUCUUAGUCGUCUUGGCCUUCGAGGCUUUGAUCUUUGUACCCAGAUUAUCGUGCAAGAGGAAGUCGAAGCCGAGAAUCGUGGCGCGUUCUCCUCCGUCGAGGCGGCUUGGCAGAGUGUUUUUGAACUGGCGGCUUACGGCUCUACGAUUGUAUUUUUCCAGCCUUCCCAGUUCAAAUGGCCUUCCUUGAUAUCAAUCACUGCCGUCACAGCUGCAAGUUUAUUAUACACGGUCUACGUGUACAUAAAGAGAGGCCACCUAAUCCAUUUCGAGAAAAUCGCAGGAUUGUGUAUGAGCAAGGAAGACAGAAAUAGGAACGUCGAAAGAGGUCUUCAGCGCAUUCUAUCUGAUCGGGAGAUCUAAGUAUUGAUCAAAAGCAAAAUUGGCUACGCAUACACCCCGAGGGGAGAUUAAAUGGGUUCUAAAGGAUUUGAAAAGGGGUACAUGUAAGUGGCUUACAUCGGCAGAACGUCUAGGGCUGUGGGUGUACCAGAUACCGAGGUAUUUGACAAAUCAAAGCUUCCCGUGUUACCUGACAUCCUAGUAAUAUACAUGCGAUAUAGACUGGAAGUAGUAAGGCUUU